CAGAGCAGCCGCCGCCGCCCCUCAGGCCCAGGGACCCUCGCCCGGCCUGGGCUGGGGCCUUGCGUGUGCAGGGGGGGCCGGGAGGAGCAGCCGUGUGCCGGUCCCGGGCGGCUCUGUGGAGUACAAGUGCUGUGAGCAGCGGCUGAGGGAGGGGGGAUGUUCAGCCUGGAGAAGAGGAGGCUCAGGGAUGACCUUAUCGCUCUCUACAAAUCCCUGACAGGAGGGUGUAGCCAGACCAGAAGAGCUGCAGAACAGUGCCAUUUUCACGCUGCCCCGAGGAGAACCCACUGACUGUGGUCAGCUGGUGCUCAGCCACAGCGGCUGGGGUUGGCACCAGGUGUCCUGUGAGCCUCAGCAUUGACUGGAUCAGCAGAUGGCAACGAGGAACACAUGUGGAAACCAGAAACUGCACAACAAUGAGAUGCCUCAGCCAUCCACUGCUCAGGAGGUUGUUGAGCCUCUCACCUCAGCACGUACCAGGGCGAUUGAGUCCAGGUGAAGGUGGUGUCCUCAGUCCAAACCAGUUGUCUCUGAGGCAGAGCUGCAGUGCUGGACCUGGGCUCCUGACUGCCACUGAUAUGGUCAACUACUGGCAGAAGGUGUUUGAGACAAAUGGGAUCCCUGAAGCACGAGAAUCCAGCCAAUACAUUGUGUCAUUUGUCCUGGGAGCAAAAACAUUUCAGAGCCUGAAUUCCAAAAGCCUCCACACUCCGCUUACAGCAACGCAGCAGGAGCAAAUCCAGCAGCUGAGCAACAAGCGACUGGAGAGGAUGCCAGUGCAGUAUGUGCUUGGUGAGUGGGACUUCCAGGACCUGACCCUGAAGAUGAGACCCCCAGUGUUCAUUCCACGGCCUGAAACAGAGGAUCUCGUCUCUUUAGUAGUGGAGGAAGAAUCUCAGAAAUGUGCAAAUUCAGGCCCCUGCUUCCCCAUUCCUGUUCCUCAUCCUGUGAUCCUGGAGGUCGGCUGUGGCUCUGGAGCAAUCGCUCUGAGCCUGCUGAGCAAACUGCCACAGAGCCAGGUCAUAGCCGUGGAUAAAGAGGAGGCCGCUGUGCAUCUCACCAGGGAGAACGCACACAGGCUGCAGCUCCAGGAGAGGAUUCACAUCAUCCACCAAGAUGUUUCACACAGUUCUGCCGAGCAGCUGCUGCUCUGGGGCCCCAUCGAUGUCCUGGUCAGUAACCCCCCGUAUGUUUUCCAUGAAGACUUGGCUUCCUUGGACGCAGAAAUCCUCCGCUAUGAGGACCUUGAUGCUCUGGAUGGGGGAGAUGAUGGGAUGAGAGUCAUCAAAACAAUUCUGACUUUGGCUCCUUCUCUUCUGAAGGAUUCUGGGAGUGUGUUUCUGGAAGUUGAUCCCAGACACCCAGAUAUGGUGGAGCACUGGCUACAGGCACACCCAAACUUACCCCUCACCCUCCGUGCCGUUCACAAGGACUUCUGUGGCAAGCCUCGGUUUCUGCACAUCCAGAAACAAAGCAGAUGACAACUGCAGCAGACAUAACUCUCCUUGCAGGAUGCUCUGUGCUCUUGAGCCCGGCUGAACAGCUUGUGGAAAACUCCUUUUGCUGGGUGAAAGGAAUCUGCACUUCAGUCCCCUGUGUUGGACUCUCCAUGCAGUGACAGACCCCUUCAUUUCCCGAUACAGACUUCACCCAGAGGUGCAGAAGUUCAACUGAGCAUGUGGAAGUGUUUCACCUUCCUCAGGAAGCUUUUUAGUCUACUCUGCUAAAGUGACUCAUUAAUCUCAGCACCCAAGACAGAGUUCACAGCUCCAGAUGUUUCAUUAAAAAUACAACUUCUUGGCAUGCCAGAUCACCCAUUUGACCUAGAAAGGAUUCCAUUAUUUUUUGGCCUUAAGAUUCAUUUAUAUAGAAUGUGACCAGAUUGGAUGAUAGGUUCAAAUUCUGGCUUAUAUUGGCACAUGGAUUUGCAGGACAUGACUGGCCUGCACAUUUCAAAUUCAGUUCUGUUCCAGGAUCCUGAUGCUCCAACAGUAAAUCAGCUUUGUUUCCCACUCCUACUGAGUGACAUGCCAUUAAAGUAUCAGUGCACACGUUACAGCACCUGAUCUACAGCCCUUGACACUUGGUGGAUGCUGCCAGAAUCAGUCAAAACAUUGUAAUAAAUAUAGUGCUUCAGAUCAGUGUCUUUACAGGAGUUGCUCUGCAAUUAUUCAGACCUGACAAAACACCUGGCACCCACACAUUGCUCUGACAGUAAUACAAAUGCCCAGCCUCCAUGUGAGGCAGUUACUAGCAAGACUUUACACAGAAAGCCAGAGUUGCUACUCCAGUUUUGCAGAUGGAGAAGUUGGAAAACAGGAGGUGAAAUGACUUUUACAAAACUUGACAGCAAGCUAAGUUUGGAGUAGGACUCAGUCUCUUGACAGCCAUGGGAAUAGCUGAGGUCUGUCUCUUCGGGAAGGAUGACUCAGAGCAGGGUUGCCUGAAACAGCACUGAGAGAAGUCCCUGAAAUGGACAGUCAACAUCAGACAUUAUAAAUAAUGGCAGGAUUAAAUUCAAGCUGCUGCUUGCUGCUGCUGCUGCUGUUUCCAGUGUUGUAAGUUCCUUUCCUGACCAUAGCUAGUGAGAGAAGGAAGGAAAGCAAGCAAAGGAAAGGAUCUGCUCUGCCAGUCCAAGUGGAAGCAGUUGCUGGGCCAGUGGAGGUGAGCACUCAGUAGGGGUGGAAGUGUCCAGACAGUGACCCUGCAGUGAGUGUGUGCUGGGGAUGUGCUGUCAGGCCCUGUCCAGGCUGCACUGGGACUGCACAGCCAGACACAUUAGGCAGGAGAUGCAUCAGCAAGCUGAGUGUGUUGGGAACGCUGCAGCAGAUUCAGAGGCAUUACAUGAGCACUAAUACACCUCCCUUUCCUCUCUACCUCUUCCACUCUCCCUGCUCUUUCAUUCCCCCUUAACUCCUGAACAUUGGCCCUGCUUUCCCCCAGAGCCCCUGUGCUUGGGUCUCCAGCUGGAUCCUUCCCACCCUCUGGGCUCUUACAGCUCUGUGCACUCACUGGUUUUUCCCUCAUUGUGCCUUUCACACUGCAUUUAUCCCCCCAGGAGAUAGCCAUGGCCUGUACACUCUCUGUUUGAAACUGUGAGUCUGCUCUACUACUGUGAGUGUAGUUUGUGAGCCUGUAGUACCUGCCCUGGUCAAACAUGGUAGAGGAAAUCUGGGGGAGGAGAGAACUAAAAAAGGGCAGUUAAAGUGCACCUGAGCCUGGGUUUGGAAAUAAAGCCUCAGCACAGCUGAUCUCUGUUUUGAUAGAGCCAUGAGUACAAAUUGUAGUCAAAGAGGUGUUUUGUUUGGUUGUGAAUUUGUUUUUAACAGUAAUUCGUGGUUAUUUUUUAUAUUCAGUUUCUCAGACUCUGUUUGGAACUUAAGUUUAAAGAAAUGGGUUCACAGAUUUCUCCUGGGUGUUAGCAGUGUUCCUGUAUGAAACAGGGCAACAUGCACAGCUUGCUUUUACAGAGUGCCUUAGCAGCUGGGUCAUGGGAGUGUAACACAGCAUCAUGCUUCAUUCUUCAGGGGUUGGCUGUUUCCCUGCAGCAGGCUGCAGUUAGCUGACCCUCCCAGUGUGCUGGUGCCUGGGCUGGGGAAGGCAGUGUGCUUUUUCUUGGAAGCAUCAAUCAGUAACUUGUCCAAGCUCUGAGCAGAACAAAUCCCCCGUGAGACAGACUGUUGGUCUAAUCCAGUAGGGCAAGUGUUAAAUUCCUAUAUUUAUAGUAAAGCAAUGGUGAAAAUGCUUGCAUUUCCAUGGAUUUGCAUUGCAUAGGGGUUAUAUGUCUUGGAAAAUCCCAUGGUGCUGCUGACCUUUUCCUAAAGGCGAGAGUGGAGAAAAAUUGCUGUUCCUCCCAAGAGGCUGGAUGUUCUUGUCAGACUCACAUCCCAUGGACUGUGCUGGUGUUGUACAGUGUGUGCUGCAGUGCUUCACACACGUUGGCCCGGGUCAUUUUGGGACAGAAGAGCUCUUUGGAGGUGGUGGUUUCAGGGAGCCCAGGCCCCUCGCUGGAGCCCUGGGCUGUGUGUGAGCAGGAGGCUGAGCUGCAGAGUCCCUGGAGCCACGGGAGGCUGACGCUCCACUUGGCAUUGAGUGAAAUGCAGUGUCUGACGUACUCUGACUUUCCUGGGAAUUUACUGGGCUUUUGGAACCGUAUCGAAACGGUGAUUUGAUUCCCGCGGCGGUGCUUUCUGAGAGGGGCUUUGUUUGCUGUCUGUGUGCUCCCAGCGGUGUUUCGGGGUUACCAGGUGUGCGGGAUCCGCUGGGGUAACUGCCCUGCCCCGAGGGCGAGGGGGGAAAGGCUCGCGGUUUGGCAGAGCCCUGCAGAUGGAGCUGCGGGCCCGGUUUAGCUGUGUCCGUGCGGGAGAGACUCCUGCCUCAGCCUGCCCGCUGCGUGGGGAGCUGCAGACCCCGCUAGAGAGAGAACUGGGGUCAGCAGAGGGUGCAGUGUCGGUGCAGCUGCAAAGUGGGGCCCUACCCUCGGUUCCUGUGCCGGUGAAAGCUUCCACACUGCGCUUGUGUCAGCAAACUGGGAGGGGACUCACAGCUUGAUGCAGGGCUGGGGUUGUACUUCAGGCUGUUAAUGGGGGGCCUGAAGCCCCCCUAGGGCUGGAGGUCAGAGUGCCAUUCUUGUUCUGGUGUAAUGUCCACGUGAGCACCUUGAAGUGCCAGCUGUGCUUUCAGUGUCCACCCAAGAUAUGGGGUGAGAGGGACUUUCCCAGGGACCUUAGAGAGAUAAAGAAGGGUGUUCAUCCUCACAGAGGAUAAACUACCUGUGGUCUUGUAGGAAUGAGACUGCUGCCCCUGUGAGGCACUGACUGACAGGGUAACUCCACUGGGGGGACACAGAACAUCUCUGAGGACCCAGAUAACCGCCUGUGUGUGGAUUACUGGCCAACACUCGAUGUUCCUCAAUGUAGGGCCAUAGAUCAAAAUGGUUUGGAAGAGAGCUUGACAGUCAGCUAGCCCAAUUUCCCUGUCCAAGUAAGCAUCAACUUGCCUUACAUCAUUCCUGACAAAUGUUUGCCCAGCCUGAUCUAAAAGGCUCCCAGUGCUGAUAAGGACUUCUGCAUGCAAUCUGUUUUGGUGCUUUGUUCUUCUAUCUGCUGCAAAGUUAUCCCCUGUAAUGGCAGCUCUGUGUGAUUAAAGGUGAGCACUUCUCCUGUCCUGAGGUGAACAGCUGCCUCUCUCCUUACAGCACCUUCCCUGUCUGUUCCUAUGUUUCCUCAGUCUUCAUUUCUGAGGGAAAGAAUUCCAACACUGUGUUUCUGUCGGUACCUGCACAUCCUUCUCUCCCUGCUCCUGAAAUUUGAGGGAACCAUGUGUUGCAGGUGAUACUUGGGCCUCUGGUGAGUGCAAUAACAAAGCUGCUAGAGCUCAUCCUGUUAUGGAGGAGGAGUCAUUUCCCAAGUGAAGACUAAGCCAAAACUUGCAUUAACAUUUUGCUUCUCUGGGAAAGUUAUCAAAAAGUAUAUUUAAGUUUUAAUAAACUACGAUUUCCACUCCAGUUUGAAUCCAGAGGGACAAAUACCCAGUGAAAGAAGACUUCUCUCUCACAGUCGGGAAGAUAAUGAGAUACCAAGAGAGACUUAAUCCAAUUUCCAGACUAUUUCCUUUUCCAUAGAUGUUUUGAGACGCUUUCAGUUAAGUGUCAGAAGUUUCAGAUGUUUCCUCCUGUGGAGGGUCAUGUCACAGUCCUUCUCUGUUUCUUUUGCCUGGCAGCUGCUGGCAGAUCUCAGCGUGGUCCAUCCAGUCUGUGUGAAUGCAGGAGCUCUUCAGUGCUGCCAUCCUGCAGCCCUGGGUCAUGGCCAAGGCGUGCCCUGCCUGCAGCUCUUGUGAGUGGGACAGGAGCAAAGGUCCUGGAGCCUCGAGGGUGCUCUAAAACGUGCCCUCGCUGCAGAGUCAGACCUGUGCCCAGCUCUCUCCUGCUUUGCAGUCACCUGUCUGUUUGUGCCAGACAGGCUUAGGUUGACAGGCCUGGGGAUCAGAGUCUGCAUCUCUGGCAGAGAGAGUUGUUAAGCUGUUCCCAAGAUUUGUCCUCCAGCUUGGUGUACUCUUUGCUAAGUGUGCCUGUGAGCAGGAGGUGGGAUCCUGUGGGAUGCUGACCUGGACUGGACUCUUUGGCCUUGCCUGUCACUGCCACAGAGGGCCUGGCAGAGCAGCCUCUGAGGGUAGAAUAAAAGUACGAGCUGUUUGCUGAAUUGCCUUCUCGUGUUAGUUGGGUUUUUGGUCACCUCCAGAGGGGGUCUGUAAGGUUCAUGUUACCCUCUGAACACACGGAAUGGAGCAGACAAAGAACACUCUGGUAAGACAAGGUGUGAUCAUGCUGACCUGUGUGUGCUGCACUGAGCUGAACGCCACGAUGAUUUUGCCUUCUGGGCUGGAUCCUGGGAUCAGGUGUGUGCAGAUCCACUGGAGGUUUUGCCAAAUUAACUGUUUUUCAAGGGAUUUUCUCUUGAGCAAAGUGCCUUAGAUUUCUUUUUCUUGUGUCUGAGGAAAUAAAUCCACAUGCCUUUGGAUUUCACUGUGGGAAGAGUGGGUAAGGAUGACAAAGAAGGGGGAGUUUGUUUGCAGUAGUUCCUGCCCACAGGCAAGGCCUGAGGAGCUCCAGCGGUGCCCAAAAGCAGGUGUGACCUGCAUUAUUCUCCAUCUGUAUUACUAGGUCAGAGGUAAAUAAGCUGUCAUUCCACUUUGCUCCCUUUGGGAAGUUUAAUGCUGCAUUUGCUGGAAACUUUCCAGUGGUUCCAUCCUGUACUGGGAUUCAGCAGAUCUGGAUGCAGAUCCCUGCUGUGUGACAAACUGCAGGCCUGACCUUGCUGUAUUUUUGCUUCAUCUGUUCCCUGCUGUUGUGGGUGGAAUGUUAUUCCUUUGCUGUCUUACAAACCAUUGUGACAGUACCUGAUACAGAGCGUGUGGGUACCCCGUGACUUACAGAAGGAUUGUGACUGUCCUGUGGCUCUUCUUCAGUUACACCCAGAGAGAGCAAAGAAACAGCCAGCCUGUAUGAAAUGCAUCUCCUGUGCUGCUUGGUGACAGGGCUCACCACCCUGCUGCAGCCUGGUAAACCAGAUCGGCUUUGCCGCUUUCCAGGGCAAACCCAGAGGAUGUGGGAGGGAGCCAGAGAACAAGCACUAGUUUUUCUGCAGCAAGGGCAUCUCUGAGCACAAUGAGAGCCUGACAGAGGCUGCUGCUGAGAAUGUGCAUCCUGUUCACAACAGCAGCUGGUGUUCUGUUGGUGCACGAGUCAAAGGUGCUGCCUUGCAGGCAGGUGCAGAGAAGUGGUGCCACGUGUUGUGGUCUCCGUGGUUUGUCUCCUUAAUGUGGUUGGUGUCAGAGCUGUCGCUUUGUUUAGGUGGCAGCUUCAAGCUCUAAAGAUCUGCUUUGUCUUGUCCCUUCACCAGCACACCCAAGUGGUCACUCUCCUGUGCCUUGUGUGCCCAUCCCAGCAUUUUGGGCAGAGUGGGCAUCAGCAUGUCAUUUCAGUGGCAGCUGCUCCGUCGGCCUUACAGUGGUAACCAGGGUUCCAUAAGCAAAGGCUACCACAGCAUGGAGGGCCCAAGAACCACUGUCUGUGAGCAAACUGCUGCCUGGGGAGGAAGGGGUCUUGGUCACAUUAAAUAUUUACUCUGGGUUCAGCUUGCUUUAAAGGGCCACAUAAGUAUCUCACACUCCAUCCUUUCUUUUGUGCCAGCUGGGAUGUUCUGAGAUCAUCCUGUCCAUGAGAGGGAGCGUCAGGACACAUGGCAGGAAUUCUCAGCUCCCAGGCUGGAAGUUGUAGCAUGGCAAGGAAGAGUUUGCCAUAUAAAUAUCCAACAGGUGUGGUGAGAAACUGAGGCACGGCAAAGGAAGGGCUCAGAUGCUCUCAGUGGCAGAUCUGGCAAUUGAGCUGUAGCUGUACUGGUUCCUCCCUUGACUGGUUCUUUAAAUAGUGUACAUCCCAGCUGUUCCUUGGAAGGCUGAUAGUGCCUCAAGAGCAGGAAGCAGUGGUGGUUAUUCUUUGGUGGGGAGUGUGACCAGAGAGAUGUUCAGUUUUGAGAGCCUCGGUGUUGGGAUGUACCAGGAGGGUAAUUUUCGCAGUUGGUGUUCCUGGCACAGCCACUGCUGCAGGACCUGUGGCACACAAGUGGCAGAUUGUUUGGAGAAAGGGAGUGGUGAAGAAACCAGCACAUGAAGCUCAGCUAGAGAAGAUGAUCCUUGAGAAAGGGUGUGUUAAAGUGAAGCUGAGGUUUAGGAGGGAUGGCCUGUGCUGCCACAUUCCUGCCCUGGCACUCUGAAAUCACAGCACAGGUGUGGGGCUGAGUGUCUGUAAGGUGCAGGCUGUGUAUGGGAGGCAAACUGAGCAUUUCUGCUCAGUGUCUGCACUUCAGCGAGUGAGUAAAGCCCCUUCUCCAAUGUGGAUGUUUUCCUGGUGGACCACGGAUUCUGGGCAAGGAACAGUGGACAGAGCACAGGACUGAGGAGCUCUACUGACUGAGAGCAGAGCACUGUUAGGGUGUGUCACAGAGGUGCCACUGGCCUGAGCUCCUAUAAACCCAGUUUCUGUAAAAGUUGUGAGUGCAGGGGAGGCAGAACUCUGCUUCUAGUGGGAUGUCUUCAGCAAUUCUUACGUGGAAGAUUUUGAUUUCCAGUUUAUGCCAGCUGCUGUCUAUAGUUUUAGCUACCCACCUGUUUGUUCUUCCUCUCUUGGUGGUUAGCUUGUCUCUGUGUUUUGUGCACACACACAACCUGCCCCUCAGCUUGGCAGCACGGUGCCCAGUGCCAUGGAGGCCUUACCUGGCAGCCUGAGCUGCUGCCAGAGCUGCAGUACCCAGCAGUGCUGGCAGGAGAGUGACUUCUGCCAUCAACAUCCUCACUGUUGUAACUGGAAUACACAUCUCAGACUGUCUGGAAUGUGAACACAGUUGCUUGGGUUGUUGAAAAAGGCUUGAAUUGUAAAAUUCCUGGCCUGGAAUUUGGCUGAUGAUUAAUUACUUAGGUUUGCAUAGUGCUUUGAUGUUCCAGCUGUAAAUCCAGAGCAAGCUGUUACAGCUCUGUUGACCUCAGUGGAGUCAUCCCAGCCAUUCCAGUUGGCACACCUGGUGCUGUGUGGUAUUUGUAUUCUGUGGAAGAACCGUCCAGUGAUUGAUUUAAGCCUUUCCAGGGACUGGAGGCUGUUAUAAGCUGAUAAAUCUUUCCUCCUUUCCUGUAUUGCUCUGCCACUUACCCAGGACUGACCUGCUUGCCAUGCUUUGACUUUGAGCUUGCUGCUUCUCUGGAGUCCUUCUCUGAGCCUUUGCAGUCUGUGGUGUGUUUUCAUUGCCACAGAGCUUAGAAACUCCUCGCAGGUUGCUCCAUCUCUAAAUUUUUACUACUCUAUUCCCCUGCCAGUAUCUUGUUGUGUAACUCUGCCCUUGCCAAUCUUGUUGGCUUGCAUGGAUAAAAUUAUUUAUUGUAGAUAAUUUAGAGUGAGCUUGUGACAGAGAAAAAUCUACUCCAAAAGGCAGUUUAGUCUUGCAUCGCCCUUGGUGCGCUGUUGCAGCUGAUGGGAUUUGCUGGGUGGGGUCCUGGUGCUGCCAUGUGCUCUCUGUGCUUGAGAAGAGCUGAUUAAGAUCGUGCUUCACUCAAACAAGGCUUCUUCAUUUUAUGUGUAUAAGCAGUGGGCACUCAGGCUGAAAGUAGAUUUUGUACUUCAGCAUCCAGGUCAGUGAGUUUUUUGUCUUGUCUGUGUCAGCAGACAGUAACCCUUUGUUCAGCAGCACAGCUUUUUCCACCUCAGCAACACACACACACACACACACACGAUUGAGAGUAAAAAUCUUGUCUUUGGAGAGGUGAUCUGUGUAACUUGUGAAAGCUGGAUAAUCUAAUAAAAUUGGUCUAGUAUUAAAUAUGUUA